AUGGUUUUCAUCGUUGCCUUCGUCUUGUUUUUGUACAUCGCCUAUAGAUUAUAUCAACACUUUUUCCCUGCACCCAUCAUUGAUGUCCGAGGAAAAUACGUUUUAAUCAGUGGGUGUGAUUCGGGGUUCGGGAAUACAUUAGCAAUUGAGCUCGACAGAAAAGGUUUCAAUGUAUUCGCUGGCAUUUACAAUCCUGCGAGUAAAGAUACGCUCAUCAAUCAACUUUCAUCACGAGCAACUAUCUUUCAACUUGAUAUUACUCGACGUGAACACAUCGAUGCAGCUUACGAUUUGGUGAGAAAGAAGACGAACACAUUACAUGCCCUGGUUAACAAUGCAGGCAUCAUCAGCACGGGUUAUAUUGAUUGGAUUAAAACAGAAACGAUACGUCAAGUGAUGGACAUCAAUUUUUUUGGUCAUGUAGAUAUGACAAAAACGUUUUUACCGUUACUUAUAACAAAACCAGACUCGCGUGUAGUCAAUAUUUGCUCGAUAGCUGGCUUCAUCUCUCCACCAUCGGCUUCAGCUUAUUGUGCUUCGAAGUAUGCACUUGAAUCGUUCUCUGAUUGUCUUCGUCGUGAAAUGGUAGCAUGGGGUUUACGCGUUAGUAUCAUCGAGCCAGGCAUUAUGCGAACGCCUAUCAUUGGGAAAUAUGCUACGUCAGCAAGCGAACUUCAAGCACAAUUGCCAGUCGAUGUUCAAGAACGAUGGGGUGAUGAGUUUUUUAAAACUUAUUUUGAAAGCACUAAAAAAAAUAUUCUUCUGAAAUAUGCCGAAGAUCCCAUCAAAGUAGUGCGAGCAUUACAACAUGCUGUAGAAAGUACAGCACCACGAACUCGCUAUCGACCAGGGUGGCAAUCAGAAUUCUUAUUCUUUCCAUUAUCAGUGGUUCCUGCUUGGCUUUCGGAUCUUUUCUAUGAGAAAACACGCAUCAUAUGUGUUCCUCCAGCUGGUGUGAAAAAACAACUCAAACCAUAG